AUGUCGUCUGCUGUGCUGGACGAGGCUGCGCGUAUUGCGCGCGAGUUCGACUACCCCGCCGAGCAGGUGCGGCGGGGUGUCCAAGAGUACAUCCGGGAGAUGAACGAGGGGUUGUCGCAGGAGCACACAACCCUGAGCCAGAUCCCAACCUAUGUGACCUCUGUGCCUAACGGAACUGAAAAGGGUCUGUAUCUGGCGGUCGAUCUUGGUGGCACCAACUUCAGGGUGUGCUCGAUUGAUCUUCACGGAGAUACUACAUUCUCCCUCACACAGUCCAAGAUCAUGAUUCCCCGGGAAUUGAUGGCUUCUGGCACUUCCAAGGAUCUCUUCCUCUUCCUGGCCCGGCAAAUCGAGGCCUUCUUGCGGAUCCACCACAACGAGCACUUUGAAGCACACCUGAAACGCCGCCGCGAAGGGAACGCUGAACAGGAGAUGUUUGACCUGGGAUUCACCUUCAGUUUCCCCGUGCGUCAGUUGGGAAUUAACAAGGGUACCCUCAUUCGCUGGACGAAGGGCUUCAACAUUCCUGAUGCCGUGGGACAUGAUGUCUGUGCGUUGUUGCAGUCUGCCAUUGAUGACCUGGAUCUCCCAGUCCGCGUUGCUGCUCUUGUCAACGACACCGUGGGAACCUUGAUGGCCCGCUCUUACACAUCACCCGGUGAGACAGGAACACUGAUCGGUGCUAUCUUUGGUACUGGUACCAACGGUGCCUACCUCGAGAAGCUCGACCGGAUCGGUAAGAUGGCGUCAAUUGAACACUCGGAAUUUGAUAGCUCGACGGGUGAGAUGCUCAUCAACACUGAAUGGGGCAGCUUCGAUAACCACCUGAGUGUGUUGCCCAACACCGUGUACGACCGUGAUUUGGAUGCAGACAGCAACAACCCGGGUAUUCAGAUGUUUGAGAAGCGUGUCUCGGGCAUGUUCCUGGGCGAGAUUCUCCGACGAGCCCUGCUGGCCAUGCACCAGAAUGAGUCAACCAAACUGUUCAAGCCUAACAGCUCCUCAGACGUCUUCAUUCCCGAAGAAUCGGCCCUCUACAGACAAUGGGGCAUCGACACUAGCCUUCUGAGUUUGGUCGAGGCUGACAAGACCCCCAACUUGGACGAGGUCAAGGCCGCUCUGAAGGACCAUUUAAAGAUCGAACGGCCCAGCACUACCGAGUGCAAGGCCGUCCAAACCAUUGUGCACGCCGUCGGUAAGCGUGCUGCCCGAUUGAGCGCCGUGCCCCUCGCCGCUACCAUUAUUUCCACUGGCAAGUUGCAGACCGACGACGUGAUUGACAUCGGUGUCGACGGAAGUCUGGUCGAGUACUACCCCAACUUCGAGGGAUACAUUCGCGAGGCCUUCCGCGAGGUGCCUGAGCUGGGUGUCGAGGGCGAUAAGAAGGUGCGCAUCGGUAUCUCCAAGGAUGGUAGCGGAGUCGGUGCCGCAUUGAUUGCCCUGGUGGCCAGCAAACUGGAUCAGCAGAAAAAGAAAUGA